GGUAGAGCUAUUAUGUAGCGGGGACAGAGGUCUUACCAGAAUUGUGAGAGUUCUUCAGGAUGUUUAGGGGCGAAAGAGUUUGAGUCUGUUUCCAUUGUUCUAUUAUAAUGAAUCUGUUGAGGUGGUGAAGAAGACCUACAGCUGAAAUUGUUUGUGCCAGGAGCCGUUUCAAUCCCAGGAGAAGUGUGCCGGCCUCAGUCAAGAGAACAUCUUUUUUUCCGCGAUUAGCUGGGUGAGCGGACGUAAGCAGAGGCCAGUAUCAUGGAAAAAUUUAAGGCAGCCAUGGUUCUAGGUGCUGUUGGUGAUGCCUUGGGCUACAGAAAGGGUCGUUGGGAAGGAUGCACCUCAGGCAAGAAGAUCCAAGAGGAACUGGCCUCUCUGGGGGGACUCGGGGCCCAGAAACUGGACCCAGAUAACUGGCCCCUGAGUGAUGCAACGCUGAUGCACAUGACCACAGCAGAAGCACUUAUAACAGAUUACUGGUGUCUGGAGGACCUGUACCGGGAGCUGGUGCGUCUCUAUGUUGAAGCCAUGGUGUCUCUCCAGGGCAGAGCCCCCGAUCCUGCCACAGUGGAGGGCUGUGUUCACCUCAAACCUCACAACUUCCUGCUCGCCUGGCAUACACCCUUCAAUGAAAAAGGAUCUGGGUUCGGGGCAGCCGCCAAGGCCAUGUGUGUGGGUAUGAGAUACUGGCAACCAGAGAGACUAGACAACCUGGUGGAGGUCAGCAUUGAGAUUGGCAGAAUGACCCACAACCACCCCACAGGCUUCCUAGGCUCCCUGACAACAGCGCUGUUCGCAUCAUAUGCGAUCCAAGGGAAACCUCUUGUGACAUGGGGCCGCGAGCUCAUGAAGGUCAUCCCUAGGGCUGAGGAGUACUGCAGGAAGACCAUACGACACAUGGCAGAGUAUCAGGAAAACUGGUUCUACUUUGAGGCCAAGUGGCAGUUUUACUUGGAAGAGAGGGAGAUAGAGAAGGAAGGGCAGAACAAACCAUCGUUCCCUGAUCGCUAUGAUGCUGAGGAGACAGACAAGCUGUAUAAGCGCUGGAGUUCAGAAGGCCGUGCAGGUCGGAGAGGUCACGAUGCCCCCAUGAUAGCCUACGAUGCCCUUCUGUCAGCAGGGGGCGACUGGGCUGAACUGUGCAAACGAGCCAUGUUUCACGGAGGUGAGAGUGAAGCCACAGGCCUGAUCGCGGGUUGUCUUUAUGGCCUCAUGCAUGGCCUGAGCCAGGUUCCCGCAGGACUGUACCAGGAUCUGGACAAAAGAGAGCGCCUGGAGGAGUUGGGAGAAGCGCUACACAGAGCAGCGUCUUCAGAGAAGUGCAUAGACAAACCAGAUUCUGGGAAAACCAGUAUCAGCCCUGAUGCCGGUAUGUUGAGGAAGUUGGUUAGAGACCGCAACUGCCGCCCUGUGCUCCGAGGGAUUCUGGAGAGUCUCCUGCGUUACCUAACACAAGAUCUGCCCAAGUGGACCAGCAGAAACAAAAGCCCAGAGAAGCCAGGGUCAGAUUUUGUAGACUUUGAAAAGCAGACUCACAUUCAGACUGCUCAGCUCCCUAAAGAACAGAAAAUGACCCAGGGAAUAACUACUGAGACCAGACCCAAGAUCCCUAAAAAAUGCUGGUCAGAUCCACAAAACGACAGAUUGCCCAGAAGGCAUGGAGGGGAUCAAAGGGAUGAAGGCUUAAUAACCCGGCGCCUUACCACAUUCCAGCUCCUCCAAUCCAAAUUCAUAAGAUCUAACCCCAAACCUCCCAUCACCCACCAAAGGGAGGUAGGAACUCUGUCCUCCAGAGGACUGGCAGGUGAUGUGAACCACUGCCAAGACAGUGAGCAAGACAUGCACAAAAAGGUCAAGACCAGACGAGAAACAGGACCCAAGAGGGGGGGCAGUGUGAAAGAUAUUGUCAACAAAUUUGCCAUGGCUGAGCAAAAGGAAAAGGGACAGAACAUGCUGAACAAACAGCCAGUCAAACCAAGACUCAUCGGAAGAGGGCUCCUCCUAUCUACCUUGAUGGAGAGGUUUGAGACCAUGGCCGCUGUAUGUAAGGGGAGGGACUUGAAAAGUUCACAUGAAAUGCCCUCUGGAGGAGUCAAGAUGACAAGUAAUAUAAAACAGAGGGUAGCUUGUCUUGACAGAUGCCAUCAACAGGUGGAGGCUCAAGCUGUUCACAGACAAAACCAACACAAGCACAUGAAAAGUAAAUCUGUUGCACAACAGUUGAAAGGAAAUCAAACUACCGCUGGGCAAGAACAAAGACCAGAGCAGGCGGUGAACGUUUUAACAGAAAUAAACUCAAACUUGGAAGAAAAAAUCUGUUUGAAAGCAGAGGAAGAGAGGCAAAUGGGGGGCCGGGAUUCAGAUCAAACAGCUGAAGGCCAUUGUUCAUUGAAGCAUACAAAAGGUCGAGCUUAUGAUAACGAUGUUCAGGGCUGGACAUCAGGUGAAAUUCAGACUACAGCAGAAGAAACCAGUAUCACGAACAAGUUAAAAUAUGGACAUCUAGAGCUAGUCUGUUUAACAUCUGUCACCGAGAGCUCGCUCCCAGAACCUUGCAGGCUUAUUCCACAGGUAGAAGCCCAAGUGAACUGGCAUGUGGCAACCAUCAUGACCUGCUCUCCAGUGUGGUCCACAUGUGUAGAUUCCUCUCCUAAACAAUAUUCAGUGGAACUAUCAGAAAGUUCACAUUGGGAAAAGAUACCUAACUUGAAGACGGAAGUUCCUCACAGAGCCCUAAAACACACUCACAGGGACUCACUCACAGGUAAACACAGUGAAGUGAGAUUCUCUUUAAAGCCCAAACCCAAGGGGCUGUCUACAUAUACAGACCGCAACCCCAUGGAGAACGGAGCAGUGGAUGAUCCGAAUCCAACCAAAGCUGUGACCAUUCAAACAAAGUUGCCCAAGUAUGUAAUCCCACGUGUUUACAGAUUGGAUUACCAACAAGAUGUUGAUGACCAGAUUGAUUCCUCCCUUCAAUCAGCACCGCACCCAGAAACUCCUUCAGUUGCAAGGCCCUCACCAUACUCUGAUACUUCUAUGACUGCUUUUAAGACAGGAUUGGUGACAAUGGGAACAUUUCAGGACAUUAACCUUUGUCCUCCUAAUAACACGAAGAUACAAACCCACCAUAUAGUAACAAAAAACAAACCACAAGAUGAAGAUGUAGAGGCAAAAGAGGAAGUAACACUAGUGGACACAACAGAUUCUAGUGCACUGCAAAGUUUCAGACUUUCUGAAGACACUGCCAACAACGUUGCAUUAGAAGACAGCAAAACCUCUUUUGUAACAUCACAUAAGAUUCAAACUGAGAGGGACAAUCCAAAACAGAGACCAAAGUACACAACAAUCAACUAUGGGGAUCCUUCAGUCAAAGAAACAUAUAAACCCAAAACCAUACGAUUUACUGAUACUUUUACUUUCUAGGUUGGAGCUAUUACAGUGAUCAUAGAACUAGAAUCAGCAUUUACUUCUUUCCACUGAAACUGUACAAGGAAUUUACAAUUAAAGAUUUCAGUUCCUUUAUACAUCAGCAACACACAGUAAUUACAAAAUUACACCAACAAAAGCAACAACAAGCAAUGAUAGUGUUUUUAUUAAGUACACGUAUAAGGAUAAGAAAUAAAAACCCCUACUGAUAGUCCUCUUGAAUAUUUUGUUAUAGCACUGAUAACCUCCAAAUGACCUACAACUGUUACACUGGUCGUCCAGACCUUAUCAAGGUUGAAUUGUUGCAACGUGCAAUGUGUAACACUUGAAAUGGUUCCUUACGGUUACCACAGUAGGCUGCCAUGGGUGGAGCAUAAGCAUUUUACAAUGCACAAGCAUUAUUGCUGCAUAAUCUGGUAUAAAGACAGGGUAUUAGAAGGCUAGUUUGACCUUUACAUUUUGAAAGUUUAUUAUAAUUUAAAUCAAUAUAUGUCAAUCCAUCUAUACAUAUUCUGCCACUCAUAUGGGGCUGUGUUGCAGUGGCCACAUGCUAAACAAGGAAGUCCAGACAUCCUUCUUCCCAGCAGAGUUUUCCAGCUCCUGGUGGGAGAUCCAGAGGUGUACCCAAGCCAGAUGAUUUCAUUGUAAGGUGCACGCUGCUCAAGUUUGACUGUCUAUCAAGAAACAGCACAGUAUUUAAUGUAGCUUGCUCAUGUUUUUAAAUAAACUUCUUAAAAAUGA